GGGGUAAAACUGUGUUUUUAUGAGGCCAGCAGCAGCGUAAGUUUUCCGGAGGCGAUGUUCCAGGGUUGUAGUAAGAUGGCAGAGCCUGAGCGCUUUCUGUUUAACGUUUCGAAAUCCCACUCUGAACUCCAGCGGGCUGAGGGCGUCUCCCGCAGCGUCACUCCGGCGGAGGAACACACGCCCAGCUCGGGAGGACUGGCUAAGGAAAGUUAGCACGACUCACACCAGACCCCCGACAGGCGGGGGAGCGGGUGGGGGUUUCACUCAGCUGUUGAUGAUCAGGAACGAUUGGCUGAAACUGCAGGUCACAUCAAAUAGCAAUAAACUCAAUAUAAUAAGUGCCUUCCUGAAAACCCACAGUGCUUAACAACAAAGACAGGAGAAGCUGCAUCAAGACAAGAAGAAUUCAUACAAACCAAGAAUAAAGCAGGUGUUAGUCAUGUCCUCACUGAGCACCAAGUCUGCUGCAGAGCUCUCGAAACUACUGGAUGAGUACGGGAUCAAACAUGGACCCAUUGUUGAUACUACAAGGAAGCUUUAUGAGAAGAAGCUGACAGAAGCCAUGGCCAAAGGCACUAAGCCACCUUCCUCUGACAAGACUUACUACAGAGAAGAACAGGAAGAAAUCGAAUAUGUUACAUAUCACCCACCAGUGAAACAAAGCUUUGAAGAAGUAACAAGGAGAUCAAGAAUUGCAGAAGAUGACAUAGAUAAUGCAGACGAGCCUAUCAUCAGCCGCACUCAAACUACCUACCAGAGCGCUCCCCGCUUCAGACCAGCCUACCCAAGCAAAUCCAGCCAACAGGACGCAAGUUCAGUGCCAGCCAAAUCUGAGGCCAGCAAAUCAGGGGGUGUGCCAGGCUGGCUCCGAGUCUUGGUGUUUGUUGUCAUUGCAGUGUUUCUUUACUUUGUGUACUCAAACAUGGAGUCUGCUGAGCAAAGCCCCUUUGGGAAAAUUGAUUCAUAGAUGCUUCCUAAUGUCUUGUUACUUAAAUUCCGUUCCUUAUGUUUUUAUGUUUAUUUCCCCCCUCAAGGUCAUGAUAUCUAGAGCGUGCACUACAAGUAUAGAUAUAUUUUAUAUUUGGAACUAAAUAGUGAUUUGCACUUGCAGUUAAAUACUGACACCUUAUUCCUGGAAAGCUGUUUAGAACGGUUUUAAAAGUGCAUUAAGACUUCUUAUCUUUCCAGAAUUACGAGUUGUUUAUAAAACCUCUAUUUGGCACUUACUGUGCAUUAGGGAAGUUCUUGUGCUUUAGGGAAAUGCCUUACAUUUGUAUUGACUUUGCAUGUUUACCAACUUUUGAAUGCCCAAAAGCCUAAAUAGAGCAUUCUUUAGGAAGCUUCUAAAAAAAUUAUGGUUUGUUGUCUUUUAUGAUGUAACUGACAAAAAAAAAAAAGAUAUGUCCGUUAAAAGUCCAAUGUCUGUAUGGUAAUCCAAAGUGCUGUAAUCAAAAUAAAAGGAUUGUUUAAAUUUUCUUAUCAAUAAUAUUAAAGUUCUUUGUAAACUUA